UGUAUUCUUAAUCAGGCAUAAAUAUCAGUGCAUUUUAGUGAGUUCAUCACUUUGACUUGGAAGAGCUGCAAACAUGAAGUUGUACCUUAGCCUCUUGGUGCUGGUUGGCCUCGUUGCCUUCUGCAUGUCUGCUCCUGCUGCUGAUAAUCUUGAAGACAAUCCAGCUGAUGAAAACCUCCUCGAAGACGUCGAAGCUCCUGAAACCGAUGAAAUUCAAAAUGACGAGGAUCUAGACAAGAAUGCUGAAGAAAGCGAGGACGAAGCGCAAGAGGACGAGAAUCCUGUCGAAAAUGAUCCGAUGCCUAGGAGGAGAUUGAUACGAACUUGUUCACGGUAUUCAAGGUGCUUAUAUCAAGCACGUCGAUUAUUUGGGAUCCGCUACAAAGUUUGUAAAAUUAGAUGCAGAAACAAAUAUUGCAUUCUUGGAGCCAGGAUAAAGUUUAGAAAGCAUACAAGACGAUGUCGUCUGCUGUAUAGUCGAUGUAGAUUAAGAUGCUUCAGCCUCAGGCACUACAGAUUAAAACGCGCCUGCCUUCGACGUUGUUAAAUCAUAUGCCUUACAGGCUGGCUUACACUUCACUAACACUACUGUCGCAUAAUAGAUUAUUUUAUGAAACUCACAUAUUUGUGUUAAUUAAUACUCCAGGAUAGAUGUCAAGAAGCACAGGUACUAUCAGUCUUAAUAAUUCAACAACUCAAUAGUCGUCAUAGUGCUCUCUUAUUGCUCUUAGUCGACCACGUUGACCAAUGUUGUUGUUGAAUAAUAAAAACGUACUGAGUAGGGCAGCAUAUGAGCUCGAUUCAACUAAUCUAUAACGGAUUAUUAUUAAUCUAUAACGGAUUAUUAUUAAUCUAUAACGGAUUAUUAUUAAUCUAUAACGGAUUAUUAUUAAUCUAUAACGGAUUAUUAACUGAUGGCCGGUGUUAAUGUUUUUUUAAUAAUCUUCUUUAAUGAACUUUUCAAUUUAAUAUGCCAAUUUCCUAAUCGUGUUGGCAAAUCAUUUUGACAUUUUCCUCUAUUUAGAAUUAUUUGUCAGUUGCUCGAAAAUAGACACAAAUAGUUUGUCAACUCUCAGAAGGUUUCAAAUAUUAAAAUUAUUUUUCACUAUUCUUACAAAUGAUUUUUUGAUUUGGAUAUCUAGCAUAAUUGAAGUGUAAAUCAGCCUUCAGGUCUAGAGGAUCGCGAUGCACUAUGGCAACCACAAAAUAAUGGUUUAGACUACCUAAAUAAAUUGAAACAUAAACUAAUUUUCCAUACAUUGUCAUCAAUCCCCGUAAAGGUCUUAGGAUCCUUACAGCGCUCAUAGUGCAUUGUGAUUAACAAGGUUUCCUUACAGAACAGGAUCGGAAAACGGUUUUUGAUACGUACUUAGGAUAGUCUCCUGGCAGCCGUUCUUAGUUGCGGGGGACAGGGAGCCCGCCAACAAGAACGGCUGCGAGGAGACUACUUAGGACAGCACUUAACAAGUUUAGUAAUAAUUAAUGUACGAUCUAGUAUUUUUAGCUUUCACAUAACAUCGUCUAAAAGUAUUGAAAUCAGGAUAUGUUCAAUGCAGACCGACAGCAUUGGCAACUGCUCUCUUUUGUACGGCCUGAUCGUACUCUCAAACGGCGAAAUUGGGACGGUAGCAUGUGACAUAGAAACAAGAUUCCUUGCAGCUAAACAACUUGCGUUACUUUCGCCUUGAAAGUUUUUGAUCGCUAUUUUAGUUUGGUUUGUUAAUUAUUAGACUUGAGUACAUGGUGAUAAAUAUAAUCAGUCAUUAAUAUAGCUAAUGGUUUAUAGGAUUUAACACUCAAAAGGUUGUAAACUUAAUGCAAUCAAUUAUAGUUGUUUUUCACAAAUUAAAGCAUUGGAAAAAUCUCAAA